GCUAGUUAGAGAUACACGCUUAGGCACUGGAGCGCAUGUAAAGGUAUGUCAGGUUGCAACAUCAUAUAGAGCAAGCAGGGGAUUCCACCACUUAAGCAGGGGUGCCUUUUCCCCCCUUAUUUAUUUCAGUUUUAAAUAUUUUAUAGCCAAAAUAGUAAAGAAGUACAAGUUUAAUAGAGGAGAUAAGCCUUUCACUGAGUUGUUUUUUGUGUCUCCUCAGGAGAGACAAGACUUAAAUCUCUAUUUUCUUGUUAAGCUUUGUGGAAAAAAAGGACAAAAGGAGGAUGGAAAUGUACAUUUGAAAAGCUUUUCCCACCCCCAUCUGCCUAUCAACUGACUCCAUUCUUCAACUUGACAUCAUUCUUCCACAGACAAGAAGAAGAAGAAGAAGAAGGAGGAGGAGGAGGAGGAGGAGAAGCAGUGUCGGGGAGGCAAACAAAACAGACAGAGAAAGAGGAGGAAGAGCAAAGAGGAGGUGGGCAGCACAGUUUCAGCACUCACAGGGCUGAGGAGGAGAAAGUGAAAACAAAGAGAAGUUGGCCACUAGUGAGAUGAAAUUCUGGGAAGAGACGCUGGAGCGCUUCAGGGUACGAUAUCCACUGAGAGCCCUGAAAUUGGACUGCCUGGAAGACAAGCCAGCCCUCUCUGGAUCCUGUGCCCCUCCACAGCCAAAGGAUGAGAGGGGUUUACUUUCACCUUAGUUGCCAGGGAUGUCUGUGCACUACGGAAAGGCAUCCCCCUCCAGCAUGCCCAAUGCUAUGUUAUUCCUGAUGCUUUGCAAGACUGGUCAGAGACGGAAACUGCAGACUUUUCCUGGGAAAAUGGUAAACAAUCUACACAGUGAUGAGGAAAAGGGAAUCCAAGACAAGGAAAGUAAGGAGGAGAGCAUCUUGGCCAUGUUGGGCAUCAUUGGGACUGUCCUCAACUUGGUAGUCAUUAUCUUUGUCUACAUUUACACCACCCUGUAGAUUUUACAGUACUUUAAACACAGCAGAUUAGAGCUGUCCGCGCCACUGCUGCAUAGCUAUAUUGACUGAUCUAGUUAUGAGGUUGACAGGAGGUGCGAUAAAAACGCCUACCUUCCCUGGAGGUGAACUGGAUCUAAGACUAUGUGAUCGCCAAAUGGCAUCAAUCCUGCAUCUCUUCAAACAGCCAAGACUAUGGGAAAUCAGCUUGUACCUCUUCGAUUUACAGCUAGAAAUAUCCAGAAUACCUUUUGUACACUUGUACAUUAACGCAUGAAGAUGGCAAGAGACGCUUAAAGGAUGCAGCUUUUUACCAACAGAGGGACUUCAAAGGCUGCAAAGAAAGCAUGGAUACUUUUGGAAACUGUUUUUUUCCUCAAAUGAUUAACUGAAAAAUGGAAAUAUUACUGAUUUGCUGACAUGGGUUAAGGAGAAGAUGUACAGCGAAGGUACACACAGGUAUCUGCUUUGGUGUUUGUCGGUUUUUCUUAAUGAAUAUCUCAGUGAAACACAAUGUCAAUCUGUUUGUACAAGAUCAAAACUGACUUCAUGUUUUUAUACUGUAUUUAUAUUUUUUCUGUAAUAAUUGACUUUGGAGAGUAGAUUAUUGAAGAGGUGACUAAUCAACUGAAAAUGGGUUACAUUCAAAUGGUUUUAAGUAGUUUAACCUGCACAUACUGUAGUGAUACAUAAUAUGGUGUUUUGAACAGGCAUUCAGUCUGUUUUAAAGUGCUAUCCAUGAACAUGUGCACUUGAAAAUGUGGUUCAAAUGGAAGAUCAGAAAGAGUGGUUUUAAUUAAGUUGCUAUGUCAUGCCACAGUUUAAUGUUUCACUUCACUUUUUAUUACUUCAGCGUCAUUCAUUGGUGAGAAACUUAUCUUAACAUUUGGUAAAGUCUCAGCUCGGAAGGCGGAGGACUGACUAGGUUCACUUUGAGUUCAGAUCAUGGGUAACACUUUCAUCUGUUCACCUGAAGGUCUAUAUAGAAUUUACACAACACGACAGCAAAGGAUAGUCUCCAUUUGUAUCUAUUAUUAUCAGUUUACAAUAUUCAAAAUGUUGACUUGUGUACAAUGAAUAUACUGUAUGCCUUAAAAUGUAAGGGAAUAACUAUUUCCAUGAUGUGUUAUCAGGUAAUUGCUACUUCGUGAAAGGAAACACUUGCUGUAUGUAUGUGUUCUUUGAUGCCUAUGACAUGUUUUUAAUUCUGAAAGUAUGUUUUAAUUUAUUGGGUAAUUCUUAAAUGAUACUUCUUUGCCUAAAAACAACUUGCAAACCCUUUGAUUUCUUAAAUCAUGACCAUAUGAAAUUUCCAGAACUAGGUCAACUUCUUUCAUUCAUUUUGACUAUUUCUGGGCAAUACUGUGAAUGUUGUUAAAUUGAUGUAAUCACAGAAGAAUUAUGAGUGACUUUUGGUCUCAAGUCAAAAAAUCUGUCCAUCUGAAAGGCUCUGAGGUUCCAUUUUUAAUUAGAUACGGUAGUAGUUCAACAGUUUGGGAAAUGCACUAUGAGUCUCUGCUGGUUGAAUUCUGUGAACUUUUCAUGAAUUUACAACCAUUGUACAUUAAAUAGUAUGUUUUUAAGGCACUGAUAGGCGUAUGUUUCACCUUUGGACAGACCUAUGCUAGGUAUUUCUACCAUUUACAUUCUUUUCGCUAAGCUGAUCGUCUUUGGCAGCCCACUUGCAGCAAAUGAUGUAAAAGUAAUGGGACUUCGUACCUGCAUGCAUUGCAAACACUAAAGUCCAAUAUUAGAUUGUGAUAACUCAUCCGUUUUGACCUUAUGAAGGAUAAUCAUUAUUCACAAGAAUGCGUGUAGUUGACCUAAUUGAUGGGCAGGCAAGUUGUAGCUGUUUGUCAGGAGGCUUAUGAUCCUCCUCACCUUCUGCUCUUGGACUGUAGUUAGAGUGAGACAGCAUUUCCAGAAUGCUGAUUGUCAUCAACGGGCUUCCGAAGCCCCCUGCAGUUCACAGUUGAGUGACGUCUAUUCACAUCAACUACAUGCUGCUUACUGUUACCAUGACGGUGGUCAAAUCACUAUUGUUACGAUGGUGGACCAUUUGGAAAGAUAAUCCAAAAAAACCUGUCCUUCAUGUUGCUUCAUCCUACCAAACUUAAUUAAAAAAACAUCUCAAUUAAGUCUUUUAAUAGAGUUUUCAUUGUGCAACUUCAACUUGGACAUGCCUCCUGUCCACAGUUUUUACAGUACAGUCAAUCUCUCUUUACAGCUUCUUCAAGAAAAUGCAGAUUUGUAGGCAUAGGAAUAGAUUUUUGUAUCAGAGUGAUCUGGUUUAUGUUUGUAGUCUGAGAAGUAUCGUCCACUGGUGUUUUAGUGGACAUUGGUUAUUUGCAGGAAAACGGGCAUAUGGAGAGCAAAUUGGGCGCAAAGCAAUCACCCGGAAUUAAAUCAUUGAACCACAAUUAGCCUUUAGAAAAGGUCUUACUGCUUAUAAUACCCCUGACUAUCACUAACCGCUAGCUACACCAGUCGCCCCAAAAAGUCAACAGAAGCAGAUAUCAUCAUCGUCAGAAAAUAGUCAAUGGUUUCAAUGGAACUUCUGUGUAUCUUAGUGACUCACAAUUUUCCAGUGUAACAAUGUAUUAUUUGUGUUAGGAUUCAUAUGAACAACUGGCUUUGGCUUCAAACUUAUAAUCUGACUCAGUAUGAAUGCAAUAAGCAUACUUUCUAAAAUGUCAAACAAUCGGAAGUCUUUAAUUAUUAAUGUGCCAUAUUUACAGCUUGUAGGGCUACAUGACAACAGGCUAUUCACAAUAAUAUUUGUUUUUAUCGGUCAACAACCUCAUUGUUUCAGAAAGUGCCUAAGAUCAAAGCGUCUCAACCUCAGCUGUCUCAAGGUGAAGGAAAAACUAACCAGUGAGAGGAAGACUUAAGCAGAAAAACCUGCCCCCUGAUCCACUUGCCAUUCAUUCAUUCAUUCAUUCAUAAAAGGACUUGAUUUCUACUUCACAAUCAAGUUAAUCAAUUAUUGCUUUUUUUUUUUGUCUUGGUGAGGGGCUUUUUCAACAGUAUCAGGAAAACGAAGGCCUAGAAAGCACAUGGACAAGUCUUACGAAUGUAUUCAUAUUCAAUGUAAAAAUGGAUUAUACUUAUGGUUUAUUUAUGUUCUCUUAAUAUGUAAUAUAUAUUUAUUAUCAUGUUUUAUUUAUUUAUGUGUAUGCUAUUUCAAAUAAACUAAUUUAAUAUUC